AUGAGCUCGUCAAACGGUCGCUCCGAACGCCCCGAACGGGCCGGCUCCAUCGAUCCCCUUUCUCAUCCUGAUAUCUACUAUGGAAAUGAAGAUUCUCGUGCCAGAAUCCGUCGUGGGCGUGCUUUCUCAGCGAGUUUGAAGGAUUACAGCCGGGAAGACAUCUCUGAGUUUCUUGGGACUUUGCCAUCGAGGCGAGGAAGCCAUGAUGAGGCCACCCAUAAACCCCGCAAGUUCUUCAUCAACGUGGACGAAACCCUCGACGCACUAUUGAAGCAGGAGGACACCGAUCAAAACAUGCAGAUCACCAUUGAGGAUCUGGGACCAAAGACGCUCUCGAUCGGAACGGCGGCCUCGUCGGGAUACAACCGCGUUGAUGUCCGCGGUACUUAUAUGCUUUCCAACCUUCUCCAGGAGCUUACAAUCGCGAAAGAUUACGGUCGCAAGCACAUUGAGCUUGAUGAGGUUCGCCUCAGCGAGAACCCAGUGUCUCGGCUCUCGCGGUUGAUCAAGAACUCCUUCUGGAAGGCGUUGACUAGACGCAUUGAUGGCUCGAAUAUUGAAGUGGCGGGAAGAGAUCCCAAGGAUUGGACAUCCGAUCCACGACCUCGCAUCUACAUUCCACCAGGUGCCCCGGCACAAUUCGAAUAUUAUACCAAGAUUGCAGAGAAACACCCGGAGAUACGUUUAGAUGUGGUGAUGCUAGACGCCGAUGUCACGCCGGACUAUGUCAUGAAGCUCAGUGAGAAACCAGGCUUGUUAGCGCUUGCAAUGCAGACUAAAGUCGAUGAAACCACUGGAGAAGAGGACUUAGAGGGCGUUCCAUUCGUGGUGCCAGGAGGUCGAUUCAACGAAUUGUAUGGAUGGGAUAGCUACAUGGAGUCUCUGGGCCUCCUUGUCAGCGACCGAGUCGAUCUCGCCAAGGGCAUGGUUGUUAACUUCUGCUUUGAAAUCAAGCACUACGGAAAGAUUCUUAACGCCAAUCGAUCCUAUUACCUGACUCGUUCACAGCCUCCAUUCCUGACCGACAUGGCACUCCGUGUCUAUGAGCGGAUCAAGCAAGAGCCGGACGCCAAGGAGUUCCUUCGAAAUGCAGUUCUUGCUGCGAUCAAGGAAUACCACAGUGUUUGGGCAUGUGAGCCACGUCUGGAUCCAGUCUCUGGACUCUCGAGAUAUCGGCCGGAGGGAUGGGGUGUGCCGCCGGAGACGGAGCCUACUCAUUUCACUCAUAUUUUGAUGCCCUAUGCGGAGAAGCAUGGCAUGACUUUUGAACAAUUUGUCAAGGCGUACAAUUCCCGCGAAGUAAGCGAGCCUGAGCUGGACGAGUAUUUCCUGCACGACCGAGCGGUGCGUGAGUCUGGUCACGAUACCAGUUAUCGCCUGGAGCGUGUAUGCGCCAAUCUCGCUACCGUCGAUCUCAACUCUCUGCUUUACAAGUACGAGGUAGAUAUUGCCUGGAUCAUUCGAACCCACUUCAAAGAUAAGCUGGAUAUCCCAGUGGAGUUCACCACUCCUCAGACACGGAAUAUUGAGACCGAAUCCUCGGCCUCCUGGGACCGCCGUGCCCGCAAGCGCAAGCAGCGGAUGGACCAAUUCUGCUGGAACGCAGAGAAGGGCAUGUUCUUUGACUACGACACUGUAAAGAAAGAACAGACCGAUUAUGAAACCGCAACGACCUUCUGGGCCAUGUGGGCCGGUCUCGCGACGCCCCCGCAAGCAGCCGAGAUGGUGCUCAAGGCACUGCCUCGGCUUGAAGCUUUCGGUGGUCUCGUAUCGGGCACGGAGAAAUCCCGAGGCCCAGUGGGCUUGGAGCGACCCAACCGACAGUGGGAUUAUCCCUACGGCUGGGCGCCACAGCAGAUGCUUGCAUGGACUGCAUUCCUGCGCUAUGGAUACCAGGAAGAUGCAGAGCGGCUAGCGUAUAAGUGGCUAUAUAUGAUUACCAAGGCAUUCGUCGAUUUCAACGGUGUGGUUGUGGAGAAGUAUGAUGUGACACGGCCAAUUGAUCCACACCGCGUCGAUGCCGAAUACGGCAACCAAGGCACUGAUUUCAAGGGCGCACCACGUGAAGGUUUUGGAUGGGUCAAUGCUAGUUACGUGUAUGGGCUGGAGAUCCUCAAUGCGCACCAGCGCCGCUCUCUAGGAACUAUCACGCCAUAUGAUACGUACAAAAAGGCGAUUGACGCACAGAGUGCGUACUGA